AUGCUGUCUAAAGUCUACAGGUCUCUUACCACACCUGUGAGCCGCAGCUUGAGACAACAAUAUCCCUCCAUUGCAAACAACUUCACCGACAAUCAUCAUUGUUCAAACAUACUCUCCAAACACCAAUCAUAUCACCUUCACCUUCGAGCAUACACAACUGCUCGCAGCGACGAGAGUAUGAUGGGGAGGUUCACUCUCUCACAGAUUCAACACAUGGGUCAAGACCGAAAGCCGUUGGUCUCCCUCAUGUACUACACAGGUGCUAUGACACACCUUCCAGAGGGAGCCCAUCUGUGCAUCCCCAAUCUGUCUGCCAAGAAGGAAUACCUCCAAGAGGUCAAGAACAUCAUCGACUGGAAGCCAUAUGAUAUCAUCAACCUCAGAACAGCAAUCACCGACUUUAUCACCAGAGACGAUAUCCAGUCACUUUGCGACCUCAUUCAAAGUCGAUACCUCAGUCAAUUGUCGGGAAACCAAGUCAUCCAUCACGAUGAGAGCAGUUUGUCUGAGUGCUUCAACACGGCAUUUGCUCUUUCAUUCUCCAACCUGAAUGGAGUUCACCCAGAGUUCAAGGUUGAGAAGAUGAAGAGUGAGACCGAUCCAGGCAGAGCCAUCGACUACUUCAUUUCAAGGACCCACGAUGGUAAGUUUACAGAUGUUGUUGUUGAUACUGACAUGCAUUCAGAGAAAGAGAGGAUCCAUUGUAUCGAGUUCAAGAACAUCAAGAUCAACCAGUUGAAGGGUGCAAAGAAAAGUUGGGAGGAUCAGUAUGCAAUAUCAAAGUCUAUCGAGAAGCAGUCUGACGAAGAUGUGCUGAAGAAACCACUCAAGUACACUGACAAUGGAUGCAAUGUUGGCCAACUCUUGCAGAAUGCGAUACAACAGGCAGAGGAAUAUGGAAAACAUCUCAGAUACAAGUACCCAUCUGCUCAGAUGACAAUAUUCGUCGUUCUCCGUGUUGGACUGUCAAGAUUGAUAGUCAAGAAGCUC